GAGCCAGGCGGCCUCGGGGGCGCGCACGGCGACGGCUUGGGCGCCAUGUUGGAAGGUUGCUGAGCCCGGCCGCUCGGUUUUCUCUCUCUCUGUGUUUGUGUCUCCCAGUCUCUCUCUGUUUCCCUCCGCCGUCUCCGUCUCCACAGGCUCCUGGGUCGCCCUUGCUGGCCCUCGCGGGUGGCUGAGGCGCAGGGGCACCUGGAGGGCUUCUUCCCUGAGAGGGCCCCAGGAGGAGGAGGAGGAAGACCAUGGACGUCGAGAGGCUCCAGGAGGCGCUGAAAGAUUUUGAAAAGAGGGGGAAGAAGGAAGUGUGCCCAAUAUUGGAUCAAUUUCUUUGUCAUGUUGCCAAGACUGGAGAAACAAUGAUUCAGUGGUCGCAGUUCAAAGGCUAUUUUAUUUUCAAAUUGGAGAAAGUGAUGGAUGACUUCAGAACUUCUGCUCCUGAGCCAAGAGGCCCACCUAACCCCAAUGUGGAGUAUAUUCCCUUUGAGGAGAUGAAAGAACGUAUUCUGAAAAUAGUCACUGGCUUUAAUGGUAUCCCCUUUACUAUACAGCGACUCUGUGAGCUGCUGACUGAUCCAAGGAGGAAUUACACAGGAACAGACAAAUUUCUUAGAGGAGUUGAAAAGAAUGUCAUGGUUGUCAGUUGUGUGUAUCCAUCUUCAGAAAAAAAUAAUUCCAACAGUUUAAACAGGAUGAAUGGUGUAAUGUUUCCUGGAAACUCACCAAGUUAUUCUGAAAGAUCCAACAUAAAUGGUCCUGGAACUCCCCGACCUGUAAAUCGACCAAAAGUUUCUUUGUCACCUCCUAUGACAACAAACGGUUUACCAGACAGUCCAGAAAAUAAAGAGUCAGGACACCCACAAGCAGAGGACAAAAUUAACAGUGAAUCGGCAGCAUCAGAGCCUGAAAGAAUCCAAAGCAGCCCAGUAAAAAAUAAGCACGUUGAAGAAGAUCCAGCAGAAAUUGAGGGCCGUGAGGUUAAAAGACUUAAAUUUGACAAAGAGGAGGAAGUCACAGAAACUUCCAGUCAGAGUAGUUCCAGUGAAGCUUGUACAGCAAUGGUGGAAGAGACUGAAACAACCUCUACAUCUCAGGACAAAGAAAAAGAAACUAUUUGUGUGAGGCAGCACUGUAAAGAAGAAGAGGAGGAAGAAUCCCUCAUGACACCAAGAGAAAUUAUUCCAGAAAGGAAAGAGCAAGAUAAAGACAGUACAUCCUUAACUGUGAAAGAAGAUCUUUCUGAGGAGAAUAAUCAAAUGGAGGAAUCUGACCAGACUCAAGCAGAGAAGGACUUGCCUUCUGAAGACAGUGAAAACAGUGGAUCUGUUAGUAGCAGAGCUGACUGCAGUGACACAGAAGAAUUGGGUUCUUAUGUCAGUGAAACUCCUGAAACAACAUCAGAGACCCCAAUGGAAAACUGCGAUGAAGCCACAGAAGCUCCAGAAGAACCUAUGGAACAAGACUAAUUAUUUAAAUAUACUUAGAGGCAGUAUUUUCCAUAAGGCUCUGGUUUUACACUGUAUAAAUAAUUUUAUGUAAUAAAAGUGGACCUUUAGUUUUACAAGAGAAGCAGGCUGUAAAUUGAACUUCUCAAUACGUUAAAUCCUGAAGGAGUUGUCCUUGUUACUGUGAAAUAUCAACAUCUUCAGGUCCUGCUUACCACUGAAAUUUCUCUAUGGUCAAAUCAGUGGUCUAUGUAUAGUUUUUUUUAUUUAGAAUUAAAGUUUUUAAACUGGAAAGUAAUUAUAAUUUUGACAACUUUUUGGAGAUUACCAUGUUUAAUUAUUUUCUGUCUUCAUUUCCCCAAUGCUAUAGAAGUUUUUAUUCUGGUUUUGGUUACAGUUUUAUUAGCAUCUGAAUUAUAAGGUUUCUUUUUUGGUUUCCAGGUUUUCAUUUGACUGCUUUGUGGGCUUUAAAAAGCUACACUGUUGGAAUACAAUACUUGAAAACAUGCAGAUCUAAAGAAAACCUAUGUUUGCACUCCGAGGUUUAUGCUUUUUUCCCCUGGAAACAACUGAAUUCAUUUACACAACACAACAUUUUCACCUCUGGAGAAACCAAAUAAUAUUUGGCCCACCUGAGAUCAUGAAGAUCCAAACACUGUUGAAAGUACCAGGUUAAAUACAUUCCAAGAAAUCUGUUUUAACAACACACUUUUGUACAUUUCUGAGGUGCCUGAAUGAAAGGUUUCCAUUUUAUUCCCAAGAAAAUGUUUUUAUGUUGAGAACAGACUUCAACACAAUAGCUUCAGCGUUUUUAAAAGAAGGGAAUGUUUGCAAACCUGAGACCAUUUCUCUGAACAGAUGCAAUGUUUGGCCUUGGAUAAUUGUUUCAAAAUAGGCAGAUCAGAUUGGUGUGAGAUGCUGCUGCAUUAUACAUCUUAGUUAUGUACCUGAGUUGAAUGGUGGGCUAGCAGUUGUAGAUGUGCAUAGAAACUACCAUUAUUUGUACAUCAUUUUCAAACUGAACUGAAUAUUUUCAAACAUGCUACUUUGACAGCCAGCAUCAAUUCUUUCUUUCCCGAAACCAGCUCAAAGCACAACUACUGCUUUAAAUUCUUCACAUUAUAUUUUUCAGACAUCGACAUUUAAAGACAUCAAGAUGCAACCUCCCAGUCGCAUUUCCUGGCUGCCAAAUUUAUACCUGUUUCUUCAACUGUACCUUUUUGAUAUUUAGAAUUUUUAAAUUUCUGUAAAGUAGAUUUUUGUAGAUUGUAAAGAGUGCUCACUGCCAUUGUGAAACGGUAUAUAAUUGUAUAAUUUGUGUGUAAACUGGAUGCUUGGGCUUUCAAUACAGUAUUCAUAUAAAGCAAUAAAUAUUAAUGUUAUCAAAUGCUUGAGUACAUUUUAAUCAAAACACAGUAGGAAUCUCUCUUUUUAGAGGUGAGACUGCAUACUUUGGAGUACAAAAAUAACCACCAAAAUGCAUGCUAACAAUUCUUGUACUGCAUGGUGUUUCAUUUUGGAGAAGGGUGGAUUUUGAAUUCAAUUUGUAUUCCAGAUUAAUUUGACUGGGUUUGCAUCUCUGUGAGGUGAUAACUAAACUGUGCUAUCUUCAGGUUCAAAGCAGCCAAGUAGAUGCUUAGGAGAAGUCCUGCUAUUCUACACAGAAUGGAAAGUUCAGUUGUUCUCAGAACAGGAAGGUUGGGUGUAUACAAUAAGCAUUUGGGGGAGCACUAAAACCAACACAUAGGAAUUAGAAAAAUGUUUCCAGAAAUGCAAAAUAACACAUUUCUUUUCCCUUCACUCCUUUCCCCCCCUUUUCCUUCAGGGAUAUUUGCCAGUGAGAACAAAUUUUAAGUUCCAAGAUUUCUGACAUUUUCUUUAGAAUGUUUGUGAAAAUAUUGUUAAUAAACCUAUUCUUUAAGCAGUUGUGAUCUUUUGACAUGUUUAUUUUAACCAUAUCUAAUGAUCCCUGAUUUCUCUGUAGAACAAUGGAUUUAUAAAUUGUAAAGUUACUUAUCUAAUGGCACCAGGAAACUGAAAAAUGAACUCACUACACAUAGAUCCACUUAAAUCUAUUUCCUGUUGAAUCCGAUGGGAUUUAAUUGCUGGGGAAUUAGGCAUAGGAUUGCAGCCUAAAUCCAAUACAGCAGUUUGAAUUAAAUAGCGAUUUUGGUGGCAGCUAAUUAUCAAUGAAUAAUACAAUGCCUACUUUGGGGGUGAGGGCAUUACUGUAGAAAACUGGUUUUGUAGGCACAAUUUAGCUGCUGGCAACAUGUAAGCCAGCUUUAAUUAUUGCUUAUUGUCCAGUUGGAAAGGAUGGGGAUUAUGCUGAAAGUGAUGAGGAUUGUGUGAUUUAUUUUUGGGAUGGCUGCCGGCAACUGUCCUACUGCUCAGGACAAGUUGCCUUGUCAUAAAGAGGAUUUUGAAUACUAGCUGCUUUACAAAAAUGGUGCCAUUAUUUAAGUAAACCGUUUCAUUGAAAUCAAGGGGACUUGCUUCCAAGUAAAUGUGUUUAGCAUCUGGAACAUAAGUUAUCUCCACAUUGAAAUGUUUAAUGUUUGGAUAUGACUUUAUUCUGUGCUACCUAAAAAGAAAUCUAACCACACAGUGCAUACUCUGAGACACUGCCAAGUUGCAAGGCAAUUGCCUUCUAAUAACACAUGAAUGAAAUUAACUUGUUUCAGCCAGAGAUGGCCAUACAUAUUGAGUCUUCUUUAUCUGAAUGCUGAAAUCUGAAAUAUUCUUAAAACCAAAACAUUUUUCAUGGGUGGCUGAGAUCCUCACUGGCCCCUUUGCUUUCUGAUGGUUUAAUAUACACAAACUUUGCUUCAUGUACAAAAUUAUUUAAACUAUUACAUAAAAUUAACUUGAGGCUAGGUAUAUAUGGUGCAUAUGAAACAUGAAUAUUCUGUUUAAACUUGGAUCUCAUCUCCAAGAUAAAUCAUUUUGUGUCUACAUGCAAAUACAUAUAUUCCAAAAUCCCAAACACUUAAGGUCCCAAGCAUUUUGGAUAAAGGAGACAACCUGUAUAACCUGCCUUAAGUUAUAUACAAUGCAUAUACAAAAGACAGGUGGUAACUUUCACCCAAACACUAUUCAGAUUCUGAAAACAGAAUUUAGGAGUGAAUCAAUAUUUCAAGGCUAUUAGUCCUAUGUGAUGACCAUUGACUACCAUCAUGCCUAUAAAUAUUGAGGAUACAUCUGUACUACAACUUGAUUUCUUUUGUGGUUGACAGAUUACAUUCUUUCCAAUGUGUUUUUUUCUAGUCAUCUCUCAUAUAUACACUUAGUUAUCUUUUGUUCUUGCUUAUGCUAGAAUGGGACUCUGUUAAUUUCUAUUUGUCAUCGAGGUUUGGAGGGCAAUUUAAAAUUGAAAUGUAUUUCAAAAUAGAUA